AUGUCCCUCCGCGAGUUGGCGCCAGGCACAGGGCGAAAUGGUACACUGAAGCCAGAACUUGACAUCAUCGCUGUCCAUGGUCUGAAUCCCAUGGGAUCUGCUAAUCACGCUUUCAACACUUGGCGGAAACCGGAAGAUGAUAGCGGUAACCUCUGGCUGAAACACGAUUUUCCGAAAGCUCAACCUAACGCGAGGGUUUUCAUCUACGAAUACAACUCAAGUCCCGUAUUUGGGUCGGGACGAGAUAGCUUCGUACGCGAGGCAAAUGUAUUCUUAGAUGAGAUUCAUGGAGCAAGAUGGGAACUUGGUGAAAACAUCCCCUUAAUCCUUAUCGGACACAGCCUAGGGGGAAUUCUCAUCAAGCAGGCACUGGUGAACGCGUGGGCAAAUCCAAUGUACAGGGGCAUCAAAGAGGCAACUCACUCGCUUGUAUUCUUUGGAACCCCUCAUAGUGGGCCGUCAAAGAAUCUCAAAGUCGGCCUCGGCAUGGCAUGUGCUAAGAUUGCUCGAUCCCUGCCAUUCGGGGCUCAUUCAGCCUUGAUAGAGGUUCUAGAACAAGGAACACUCUUUUCCGACAUUUUGAGUGAAGCAUUUCGCCAUCAGCUCGAAACGUACAACAUACUAUCCUGCUACGAGGGGAUAGGCGAUAUUGUUCCAUUCGAUUCAGCUGUUUUGAACCUUCCAGGAAACCGGGAAACACAAUUGCGCAUAGAUGCCGACCAUAGCAAUAUGUGUCGUUUCAACUUGGAUGUCCAAUCUGAUGCGGAUAAUUAUAGAAAAGUGCAGCGAAAUUUGCAAAUGCUGUGUGCAGAUGCGCUUGUGGGUUCACUGAAGCUUAAGCAAGGUCACGACUUUAUCAAUGAGGGAGAAGGGGAUAAUCGCUCUUUGUCAAGCCGACUUUCUAGGUCCACGAUCUCAAGCUUGAAGAAAGAUGGUGCCGAAUGGCACGAGUUGGAAAGAGAGCUGGCCAACUCCGGAAUCUCGCCUCAAAUCCUCGGCGAGCAGCAUCACUUCAUUGCUCACUGGCUUGAAAAUGCAUCCUUAUCGGGAAGAUUGAUCCUUCCAGAUGAAGUGCAAGACUUGCCUCUUUGCCCAGACAAUGAGUCUCUUUACACGUAUAGCACAGACUUGCAGCAAGCCAACGAAGGCUCUCCGCACUGCAUACCCCCAGCAACCUUCGUUCCUAGUGUGGGCCAGGUUCACGUUAGCCCAAAUACGAAUGGCUCUACCAGAACAAGCACAAAACAAAAGAAUUGGCGAUAUUCUUUAGUGCACAAACUCCGAUAUGGCUCUGCUGAUCCAUUCAUUGCUCUACAUAAAGCCGUAUCUCGAGAUGAUUACUCGGCAGUGUCUAAAUUGGUACAAGAGGCCACGAUAUCAGAUCAAAUUCAGACUAAAGGCUCUAUUCUCAUCAGCUGUGCUGUUGAAAAGGGCGAUUCAGAAAUGCUAAGCAUAUUAGUAGAGCAGACUUCCUCUGUUGACUGGUCGAAGAUGCUUGGGGCACAACUACGCCUUACGCUUCAUACUGGGUCUGGGCGAGACCUGCUUGAUAUCUUUAUCAGAAACGGUGCAUCUUUCGGGUCCCUUGAGCUUGCAGCAGCUAUGAGUUGGGCUUCGGAGUCCACUCUUUUUCAGAUGAUGCAAGUGGGAAAUAACUCUAUCGAAUAUGAAGGGUGGGCUCAAAUAUUUCUCUAUAUUGCUGCUAAGCUGGGGUACAUUGAUCUUUUUGAAACUUUCGUGAACCAAUACGGUGGAAUAAACUCUCUUGUGGAAGGUACAACUCCAUUUCAUAUCGCUUGUGGCUCAGGAAAUAUCGAUGUUGUUCAGAGUGCGUUUGAGAUGGGUGGAAACUUCAUGACCUUGGAUUCCCAGGGCGAAACACCUUUGCAUGCUGUUGUAUGGGGGGAGGUUCAUGACAAUUGGAACAUUCGUGCAACUCUGAGAUAUCUCAUUGGAAAAGGAGCGUCUCUCCUAACAAAAACAAUACCCGGAAAGUCACUGCUCCACCUAGCAGCGGAAGUGUCAAAUCUCCAUGCAAUAGAGUCGCUUGUUGGUAUUGAGAUGCACUGCAAUAUUCUUGACACCUUUGGAAACACGCCAUUACAUGCAGCUUCUUACACCAAAGAGCUGAAGGGAUCAUUGGGACACAAUCAUCGCCUCGAUCCUAUGCCAUUUUACCACCCGACACUUCGCCAUCGAGUAACCCAAAUUAACUUUAGGGAUUUGUUGAAGACUUCGAGGGUUAUUCUGAAAGGAUAUUGCACAGAAAUUGAUGGUCUCAAAUUCUUUAAUCGCCAACCUAAACCGGACGAACGGGGCAGCGAUGAAGCAGUGCGAUUGUUAUUGCAAUAUGGAGCUGCAGCAAAUGCGAAGAAUAACGAUGGUGUGACACCAUUACAUCUAGCGUCUAGGGGUGGGAAUUUGCCUCGAAUGGCGGCGCUUUUAAGCAAAGGAGCAGAUCCUAAUAUCAAAGACAAUGCAGGGUGGACCGCUAUCCGAUAUGCCAUCAGCGCUAAUUCGGGUCCUGCGGUGAAGCUCUGUCUAGAACAUGGUGCGGACACAAACGAAAGUGCACCGGUUUCCUUGGGCCAAAACAUUGAGGAAGAAUUGACAAUUCUGGAACACAUCAAGUUCAUGCGUGCUACUGAACUGUUGUACAUUUUGCGGAAACACGAAAAUCCGGAUUGUCCGGAUGAAACCAUUGAAGGGCUUGAAAUAUUGAAACAUUCAAGCGAAUAUAAGUGGUUACCUGGAAGAGAUAGGGAAAGGGAGAAAGAGGACAGAAGACAUCAUCAUGGAGAAUGA